UUGAGCGGCUGACUUUGGGCUUUCUAAUUAAACGCAGAUUGUGUGAUUUUUCCUGUUAGUCUUGGUUGUUGUUUUUCUCACAGGAGGAGAGUUGAUAUGAAUCGGUUAGAGAGUUUUUGCAGCGCGUAAAAGUUGUGGAUGGUUACUUUUGUGCACACACAUUUAAAGGACUAUUUUAUCUCCAACAGUUGCGGUAUAAAACGAGAGCAGGUGAAAUUAUUCUCUCUGCAAAAUAUCGUCAACAAGCAGGCUGGAAGACCAUCAGCUCCGGAGAACACAGCGAAUCCGCAGAGUGCAGAUGAUCGCAACUGGUGUUUGUGGAGUCGCGCUGGUGCUGGUGUUGGUGGUUCUGAUCCCGGUGGUGGUGAACGCCGCCGGGACACCUGCCCGCUACGAGAUGCUGGGGUCCUGUCAAAUGGUGUGCGACCCCCACGGGACCGCGGCCACGGCCACAGCCAAGACAACCAACACCAUCAAAGAGAACCGACUCGCUCAGUCGCUUCCGACUUUCAUCCAAGGUCCUCAAGGAGAGCCGGGGCGCGUCGGGAGGAUGGGUCAGAGGGGUCCUGUUGGCGAGCCCGGGCCCCCUGGAGCUGCUGGUCCGCCCGGAACUAGAGGGGUACCGGGUCCACCCGGAGCACCUGGAUUAAACGGGCCUAACGGAGCCAUCAGUGCUGCUACUUACAACACAAUCCCAAAGAUUGCGUUUUAUGCAGGACUGAAGAAGCAGCACGAGGGAUAUGAAGUGUUGAAAUUUGACGACGUAGUCACAAAUCUGGGCAACCACUAUGACCCCUCUUCAGGGAAAUUCACCUGCUCAAUACCGGGGAUUUACUUUUUUGUUUACCAUGUGCUGAUGCGAGGAGGAGAUGGAACCAGCAUGUGGGCUGACCUCUGCAAAAACAACCAGGUGAGAGCCAGUGCCAUCGCCCAGGACGCCGACCAGAACUACGACUACGCCAGCAACAGUGUUGUCCUGCACCUUGAGCCCGGGGACGAGAUUUACAUCAAGCUGGACGGUGGAAAGGCGCACGGGGGCAACAACAACAAGUACAGCACUUUUUCCGGCUUUAUGUUGUACGCUGACUGAAACACUGGACAGAUCUGCUCUGCAUAUAGCUUACUUCACUGCUCAUGCUCAAAUCACUGUCAGCUGGAUUAUUAGAGGCAGAGCUCACCAUUUACAUCCUGCAAAAAAGUCCAGAAGGAUAUGGAGGACGUCAUUUGAAAAUAAAAUAAAGAACUGUACUUUUAAACAGCUAAGAGCUCACUGUUUAAUUACAGAAUAACUUAUUUUAAAUUAUACAGGGUUGAAUUGUACACUUGUGAGAUUGUUUGUGUCACUAUUGCACCCUGAAUGAACUGUUAGUUCGCUGAUUUGUAAAAAAUACUGUAC